GUCUCUUGGAGGCUUUACUUGAAGGCUGGUGUGUUUCUGUUUCUAUUUCUAUUUCUUCACUGGGAUUCUGCAGCUUGCAUUCCUUGCUGGGAUUCUGAAUGGAUUGUGCCUGAUUAUUGGUUCUCAGCUGCGAUCCGGUGGCUGUUUGUUUACCUUCAUCUAACUCCCCUCUCCAGGGGUUCUGUGGCGGACAGGCUUCAAAAUUCUAGAUUAUUCACGACAAAUUUCACCCAAAUUUCACACUCAAGUCAUUUUCCUCGUCAUUCGUUACUUUGCUCGCUCUCCAGUUUCUCUACUUCUGUCAUUGAAAUCAUAGUUGAACCGCUCCUGUUUAUUUACGGCUAAUCCCUCACGCAACCCGAUCUCGACGUUCUUUCCCCUUUUCCUAGACCGAUCUCCACUAUUCGAUAUAACUAGCAUUCCACAAAGAUGGCGUCGCCUUCGCUUACGGACUUGGAGCAGCGGAAUCGGCUCCCGACUCUCUUUGAAGUCCUUAGCCGUCGUACAUUAGCUCCUGUCGAUCUUUUUUCGUUUUACAUUUACAUGCGGGACCAGCAGCGCUCGGUCGACUAUUUGGACUUCUGGCUCGAUGUUUCGCAACAUAUGUCUUUGUGCCGUCAUUAUGUUCGGGAGUUACGUCGAUCCGUUUUAGUAGCGACACCCGACUUGGAGAAAGCGGAUAGCAAAGGCUCCUCCGAUGCCUUAGGGAACCUUGAGACUUUCGGCGAUAUACCGCUGGUGGAAGCCGGACCCUCUGGGUUGCGCCACGGCAACCAUGAGUUGGAUGAUCAGGACGCCGAUCAAAGAUUGUCCGCAUUCUUGCGCUCUGAUGGUCAUAACCCAGGGCACUCGCCCCAAGACAGCCUGGGCUCGCAGAAUGCCUCCCGCACACCGUCUAAUGAACAACUACCUCGCCCAAGCUCUGGAACGCGAAACGAUUCUAUUUCGCCUGGCCAUACUGUGGCACGGGCCGACAUUCGUGCAAGUGCAGAGAAGAUUCUAUAUACAUAUCUGCUUCCCGGCGCAGAAAGAGAAAUUGUACUUCCAGAGGAGAUGGUGUCUACAAUCAUCAAUUUGGUUGAAGAUGACGGCCGAGAUGACCCAGAAGUCUUUGAUCCCGCUAAAGACUAUGUUUUUCAGGCUAUGGAGCGCGAUGCAUUCCCAGGGUUUUUGCAGGCGAAGGCCCUGGGUAACCUUGUCCCGCUGAGUACAAUUGCCCGUCUCGCCUUUGCGCUGAUAAGCUUUGGUGGCGGGUUUUGGGGGGCCUUCUACGUUGUACUCCGCGACAAGCCAAGGCACAUUCGUUGUUGGUUGAUACUACCUUUUAUCGUCGCAUCCUAUUUUAUUGUCUCAUAUCAGUACAAGAUCGACCCUGUUAUGGCAUUUCUCGGAUACAGUGAAUAUACCUUUAUGAACUGGUCGCCGAUCCGCGAACCAUACGUGCGAAAGCUGUUGAACAAACGCGCCACGGCAACUAUUUUAAUCGCUGCAUUCGUCGCCACCGCGCUCAGUGUCCUGUUCAUCUUUGUUCCUGGUACUAUGCUCUGAGCUCAUUGCCGUCACAUGCCAAAUUCUGGGCCAAGUCUUCAGGUUUCGCUCUGGUGCCUCUUUCGGAAGGUUAAUGCGGGCGUUUAAUCCGGCUACCCACAACCGACAGCGCUUAUCAUAUGGCUACGAGGCCUCGUAUACA